AUGGACAAAGUCAUUCUCAAGAAUAUGCGCUUCGACAUCCCUGUCGGCCUCGAUGCCUGGCGCCGAUUCCGCAAACCCCAACCCGUCUCGAUCACUAUAGAGGCCCAACCGACUUCGAGCCUCGAGCCGGCUGCGUCCAAGGACGACGUCAAUCUCUCCCUGGACUAUGGCAAGUUGUACAAAAAGAUCCUAGCCGCCUUCAAGGACGCCGAUCCCGAGGCCUUUCCCACCAUCUAUGCCCUGAUCGCUCUGCUCUCGGACAUGGUACCAAACUGUGGUCUGCUCGCUAUCGACAUUUCACUUCCCAAGGCUCUCCUGCAGGCAAGGGGUGGCGUGCUCUAUCAAUAUCAGGUCGACAAGUCGGUGCUGGAAACCGACACAUCUUCCCUAACUGUGACAGUCAAACAGAUUGCCUGCACCUGCAUCAUCGGAGUCAAUCCCCAAGAGCGCAUCUACAAGCAGACGUUGUUGAUCGACAUCAGUGUACCCAUCGCGGACCCUGCUUUGGGAGUUGGUGCGCUGGAAGAACACUACACCGCGGCUCUGCAUGACAUGGUUCAAACAGUAUGUGAACGAGUCGCAGGCUCUGCAUACCACACGAUCGAAUCACUCGCAACUGCCGUGGCCCAGAUUGUGACGGUAAACUACGGACACACCGUUGCCAAAGUUCGUAUUGAAAAGCCCAACGCCAUUGCUCCCAUUGAAGCCGCCGCAGUGGAAAUCACCCGCAGCAAAACAUUCUUCGAAAGCAGGGACUUCUGGAAGGUCAAGCUCCCGUAG